AUGACCACACCGAUAUUUGCACCGUUGCGCACCUCCAAAACGCCUCCAUCCAUCCAUCCUACCACUCCAGUGAGAACUCGUUUUGCACCUUCUCCCACUGGCUAUUUGCACUUGGGAUCGCUACGAACAGCUCUCUACAACUACCUUCUUGCCAGAAGCACAGGUGGCCAGUUCCUCCUCCGGCUCGAGGACACUGACAGAACACGCUUAGUGCCAGAUGCUGAGCAAAACAUUUACGACAGUCUCCGUUGGUGCAACAUGACAGUGGACGAGGGUCCCGAAACAGGCGGCAAAUACGGUCCAUACAGACAGUCGGACAGAAAGGACAUCUACCAGCACUACGUGCAGAUCUUGCUCGACAAGGGCUUAGCGUACCGUUGCAGCUGCUCCAAGGACCGCUUGAACAGCUUGCGCGAAUCGGCCAUGAAAUUGAAGCCACCCACCACCGUCACCUACGACCGAAAAUGCGCAUUUGACCCCCAACACAGCCAUACCAGCGACGACAGCGUCAUCAGGUUCAAAUCCCCAGACAAAUACGAGCAGUUUGACGAUUUGCUCCACGGCAAAUUGGACCUCCAGCCUCAGUACAACUACAACGACCGCAGAUACGACGAUAUUGUGAUCAUGAAGUCCGACGGCUUGCCCACCUACCACUUCGCCAACGUAGUGGACGACCAUCUCAUGAAAAUCACCCAUGUGAUCAGAGGUGAAGAGUGGCUACCAUCGACCCCCAAACACAUCGCAUUAUACCGUGCAUUCGGGUGGGAGCCCCCCUCUUACGUCCACAUCCCCCUCUUGACAUCUUUGGGCGACAAAAAGCUCUCCAAGAGACAAGGAGACAUCGGCAUUUUGAGCAUGAAGGAAAAAGGCAUCUUACCAGAAGCAUUGGUCAAUUUCGUGGCAUUGUUCGGAUGGUCACCUCCACGUGAAACUCCGGGGGUCAGCACCAGCGAGUCAAUGACCCUAGACCAAAUCAUCAAGAGCUUCUCUUUGGACCACUUGACCAAGGGAAAUGCUAAAGUUAACGACUCCAAAUUGUAUUUCUUCAACAAGCACCAUAUUACCCUGGCAAUUAAUGAUCCUCAGAAGUUCCAAGAAUUGGUUGACAGCAACUUUGAUAAGUUUCACAGUUUUAGUGGUGGAAAAUACAACAAAGACUAUUUUGCCAAAGUACUCAAAUACCUAGGCCCAAGCUUGUCGUCCUUGGAUGAAAUAGAAACCCUCCACAGAUACAUUUACGAACCUGUGAAUUACGCAGAACUCACUAAAAUUCCAUCGCCCGAUUUCGUACAUAUAUUGGACAGGCUUUUACACCUUUCAAGUACAUCAUUUGACGAAAACGUUAAACUUUUGUUAAAGGAAAACCCGGAGCUAACCAAAAAAGACAUCUUUCAAACUGUUCGUUUUGCGUUGUCUGGAGGCACUUCUGGUUUGACGAUUCCUCUUUUGAUCGACUUACUCGGGGAGCAAGAGUUCAAGGAAAGAUUGACCAGAGCCACAGAAGUAAUAAUAAAAAAAGCGUAG